ACAUCGACAUUUCCAUCGAAGUUUCGCCACCUCCAGAACAACAACAUUCUAAAUUUAAAGCGCAGUUUGUCGAACACGGAAAAAUGCGCGGAUGCAAUCGAGUGCAGUAAUUAACCAAUUCGCCAGCGAGCAAACUAGUGAAAUUGCAUUAGCCAAGGGGGCCGAAAACAAACAAAGGGCAGUAGCGAGCGAGCAAACGUUUUCACGAACCACGUAACGUAACACAUGUGCGUGCGUGUAUGCGUGGGUGCAAGCGAGAGGGAGCGUGUGUCAAAAUGACAGCAGUGGCAAACACAAAAACAACAACAAUAGAAGCAGCAGAAACCAAAUCAACAACCACAACAACAACAACAGCGUAGUCAGCCAGCUGUGCGAGGUCGUUUCACCCCCUCCCCUGCCUGAAAAUAGAAAAACAAUAUUUGACACAAAAACUUUCUGCUCUCCGACAAACAGGAUCAAAUCAAAGCCAAAAUUGUUUGUUACGUUAUCAUCACUCUCCAGAUAGAGCAAGCGUGUUAUGAACAUACUAAAACCAGCCAAACUCAAGUGCAUCGUGUUUAACCAACUGCGUCACACUUGGACGUUCCUUUUGUUUCUUUGCGAUUUGCUGGGCAAGAUCUACGGCACGGCCCAGCCCACGGACCACCAGGAGCAGCUGGCCAAUCAGUCGAAUAACAACAAUAAUAAUAACAACGAUCUGAUCAUGGAUCAGGACAUGCCGGAGGAGGAAGUUGCUCAGCCGGAGGAGGGAGUAGAGGAGCAGCUGGCUCACGGGGAGCUGGCUCUUCCGCUGCUGGAUCCACCGGACUUUAUCGUCCUGUUCCAGGAGCAGGGGGCCGGAGAGCCCAUGGACGCGGCAAGCGAUUUGGACGAGGAGGAGGAAGAGGACGACAUCGACGACGUGGAUGUGGACUAUGGCGAUACCGAUUCGGAGUCGGAGUUCGAGGAGAUGUUCUCCGACGAGUCGACCAGUUCCAGCGACGAACUGGACGAGAACAGGACCGUGCUGAAUGUCUCCCUGUCGCCGGAGGGCACUGGCAAACCAGCUUUGUACUCCUUCCAGCCGCUGCGUUUGGUCAAGUGCCCGUACAAGGACAAGCAUCUAGCCGGGGAGUUCCCGCUGGCGCGCAGUGGCCACCGCAUCAUCGCCUCCAACUCGCACCUGUACUCCCUGGGUGGCUACAAUCCGCGCAGCGCCCUGGCCGCCUCGCGCAACGGUCGCUGCCUGCUCUUCCAGGAGCUGUGGAGCUACAACUUUGCCACCAGGACCUGGAAGCUGGAGCUCAAUGCGGACAAUGCUAGCAACAUGCCCGUGGAGCUGGCCUCCAAUGCGUUGACCAUUCACAAUAACGUGUUGAUUUCUCAUGGAGGCACUGGCUUUCCCUUUGGAGAAUCCUGCUCCAACGAUUGCUAUGUUUACUGCACGCCCAGCGCAGGCGCUACCACGGGUGUGCAGCGCCUGAAGGUUAGGGGCGAUCUGCCCACUGCUCAGUAUGGACCUGGCAUAGUGAUCCACAAGCACUUCCUCUACACGAUCGGCGGAACGACGGGCUUUGAUUACACCUGUGAUGUGUAUCGCUUGGACUUGCAUACCGGCAUUUGGGAGAAUGUUUACAUCAGUCGUCCGGAGAUGCGCGACGAUCCGGAGGGUCGCUAUCGCCACGAGGUCGUCUACGACGGCAAGCACAUCUUUGUGCUGGGCGGAGGAACAUCACACUCGGUCUACGACUUGCAGCGCAUUCCAGCCUACAACCUGGAGGCGAACUGCUGGGAUUAUUUCGACACGUAUCCCGAUCGUCGUGCCGCUGACGUACUAUUCCGCAACGUGGGUUAUCCAAAGCCGCGCAAGUGCUUCUCUUGUGUGCAGCACCAGGCCUCCAACGGGGACAUCGAGGCUUUUAUCACAGGCGGUCUACAGGGCGAUUUCUCCACGUACUUUUCGGAUAUUUGGAAGCUUAAUUUGCGCACCAAGCAUUGGUUCCGCAUCGAGACGGCCAGCCUGCCCCGCCCCCUGUACUUCCACUCGGCGGCCCACUCGGAUAAUGGAUGCAUGUACGUGUUCGGUGGCAUCGAGUACAAUGACAAGGAGAUGCGCCGUCGCAACGACCUGUACAAGAUGUGGAUGACGGUGCCCAAGCUGAGCGAGAUGUGCUGGGACGCGAUCACCUACUACAAUGACAGUUUGGACUUGUACGACCGAAAGACGCUACUGGGAGCCGGGAUACCCAAUCGUUUCGUUGAUCGUCUACCGCCGCAGCGCAGGAGGCGCUUAAAAUUUGGCCAGACCGACCCGUCCAUGCUUAUCUCGCUGUACUCGAACCCAAAGCGUGCCCGCUCCACAACGCAAUAGGCCUGUCCCCCGUUACCACGAAAAUAAAUCGAAUCCGAGGAGGGGAGCGGUGCCUCCUCGCCCCGGAAACUGUUUCAGUUGCAGAACUUUA